AAUGCCCUAGAUACACAUGAGGCUACAUAAAUGAGGCUACAUCAAGGCUGAAGGCGUUCAGGGCGCAUAUAUUGCGCGUACUAUUCUUGGUACUAUUCUUGAUACAUUGCUGUAAGCGUCUGUAUUACAAUAUGUAGAUUCUUGUAUCGAGAACCCCAUCCGACGGUCUUGAUGAGAUACGAUAGCGCUCAAGGCAACCAGUAUAAAUUCUGGAGCCAAAACGAAAGGUUGAAAGACACGCCCUGGAGGCUUCACCUCGUUCAUAUUCCCAUUGGCAGGCCCAAACUCUGCAUUGAGCUAAUUUUCGCAAUGUUUUACAGCAACAAUGCAUUUUCAACGGUAGUGCUCUUCUUCAUAUACCUCAUUGCUCUCCCGCUUUCAACUUUAUCUCCGAUGGCCUCUGCAAUGCCCAUCAGAGGACGGUCGAGCCCACAAGAAGUUCGAGCUUAUCCUCCUGUUCCUAGGGAGUUCGUUCGCAUACAUCAGGACCGCGAUGGAACCAUUAGACUCGCCCAAGCUUCUCCAAGAGACGGUCUAUACUCCGUGUACAACGAAACACACGCACAGUACCACGGCGGUGACAAUCUGGACACAGAUACGACUAUCAUGCAGCGACGUUCAAUCGAACCCUUUCUGCCCCGUCACAAGAACCCAAAGCGCCAAUUCGACGGUUCUUGUGCAGCUCAAUGUGGGACCAAGUCUGCCAACCCUGCAGAUAUCACAGCGGCCGAAGCUGCUCUUGAUGCGCAAUUCUCGAGCUCUCAAUAUGGGUUGAGCUGGGGAGUCGGUCAAUACAUCGGAACGGAUGGUAGUGUCUUCCAAGUGGUGAACAACGUUUAUGCGUAUGGAUGCGACCAGGGCGGGAAGGGACAGACAACCACAAGUGAGGAGUAUGCUUUUCAGGUCCAGUGUUUGACAGAAUCUUGCGGUUCGUAUAUGGGUUCAAAUCGUGACAAGAGCGCGAAAAGAAUAUUCGGGAGAGAUGUGGGAAGCUUCAAGUGCAACUAGGAAGCAAUAGACUAAGUAACGAGUUAGUUGAGAAAUACUGACUACAUAGAUUGUAGCAUUGUUUGCAUAAGACUACGACUUGAAGCUUUUUAGUCUUCAGUUUUAGACCGUUCUUCACAGCUGUCGUCAUCAACUUGAACUUCAUGUGCCGGAAAAAGUUCAAAAAAAGUAAUUGAAUUCGACUGGAGGUCACGAAAACACGAAGGGUUAUAUCUAUCAAGGUUCU